AUGGCGUGGCUGAACGAGGCCCGCCGGUCCCUCAGCGAGGGCGGCACCCGUUCAGGCCGAGAAAUCGUCGAUGCUCUGAUUCCUCUUCUAAGCGACUGGGACAUCAUAUAUCUUCGCCAAAGAAUAGCAGAGCUCCGCGGCACUCCCACCGCCUUGGCCAAAUUCACCGAUCUCUCCUUGGACUGCAUCUACCUCAUCCUUCCCUACCUCACCAUGCGAGACUUCCUGGCCAUGAGGCUCGUGUCCAGGGAGUGGAAUCGAAUCUUGACCCAGCCCGAGCUUCUCGUGAUCCUCUGCCGCAUAUACUUCCCAGGUAUCAGCACAGAGAAGGCCGUUGCCGCCGGCACCAAUAUUCAAGAGUUCUCCAACGUCGCCCGCCUAUACAGCCGCAAAAGAGCAGACGCCUGCGGCAAGAUGUUCGUCCCAUGGGAUAUUGAAGCCCACACUGCCGCCACCAACAUUUCCUCCCCCAUACGAGACAACCCCAGCGGCGACAUCGGGCCCAGGGGCAAGUACCUGCGACACCCAACCUACGAAACCGUCUGCGCCGAUGGCAAGCUUGUCCUAUUAGCUCACAAGAACUACCUCCUGAUCGAUGACCUAGCCCAGGGAACCCGGAUGAAGCUGGCCCUCAACGCCGACCCUCGCGUUACCCGCAGGCUCAUGAAGGUGGAGGCCUUGACCGGAAGAAUCAUCGUCAUGUCGUCGCUCCCAGGGCCCUCUCUUGCAGCCAUGGCAGGCCAUCCAGUCCCUGCGGCAUCCAGGCUUCGAACAAUCCAUGUCUACCAUUUCGAGCUCAAGGUUUGGCGCAAUGUCACGCUCCCCGCACGUAUCGACGAGUGCUUCGCCUACGAUGAGAUGUUCGUCGUUACCUUCCACUCCAAGACUGCUAUGCUGUGGACUUGGACCAAGGGACUAGUCGAACUUCCCUUGGACAUUCCGACGUUCAACACGCGACCCCCAGGCUCUGACAACUUAUAUUCCUCCGUGGCGGGUGUCUUGUUCCACCCUCUCGAUCCCAACACUAUCUUCUUGGUCUGGGUGUAUUUCUUUAGCGGUGUAAAUGUCAGCGAGAAUCUGUUCACCACUGUCGUCGUCAAAUACAAUUACGAAACGGACGGCAGCCGUUGGGUUCCAACGAAAGGUUAUAGACACUCCAUCUCUCAUCCGAUACCCAAUCCUGGUCCCUCGAACCACUGUUUUGGAGGGCAAACAGACCCGCUUGGCGUUUGCUUCUCGCGCCGCUUCAGCAAGACAAGCCCCGAUGGCCUGUUCCUCGUUGGUCUCUUCUUCCUCGUCAACUACACGAGUGAGCACGACAACGAGGGCAUGUGUGAGUGCGUGCAACCGUCAUGGGACAAGGACUGCGUGCGGGCUCUCACGUUCAACGUCUGCACCGAAUCAUUCGACGAGAAUCGUUACUAUGGCUUCAAAGACUCUUGGGCUGUUAAUGUCAGAACUAUAUUGCGCAAAGGCCGUGGAGUCACUGAUCAGGGCACGUUUGAUCACAUCCAAGUGUGGAACGGGGAGCUGUUCAACAUGGUUAUCAAACUUCUCGGCUCAGGAUUGACGCCUGUCAUCGAAACCAUCAGGGGCCGUAUGGAGAACGGCCUUCCCAUAGCCACGCUGUCUGGUGACGACGAUGUAGAAACACUCAACCCUGUUUCAACACAGCGCGCCUUCGGUGAUGGCCCGUUUCAGGUCCAUGCCGGCAACGACUAUCUCGUCCUCGCUGGCGGUCACGGCUAUGCUCUAUGGCGAUGGGACAAGGAGAGGCGGAUGCGACCGGAGAAGCAACAAGCUGGCCAGGAUUACCCGUGGCUGGCCAAUGGCGAAACUCUCUCAGCCAACAUGAGGCACUUUGACCAGACAAGCGAGGAAGACUUCCUUAAGGAGCUCCAUCCUCCCUACGCCGAUGCACGCUGCGAGCUGUACGAUGUGGUGGUCAAGCUGUACCAUGCCCCCAGGGAUAUGGCUCUGGAGCUCGUAAAAGACUAA